UAUGGUUGCGUUAAUAAAGCGUGGGUUCUCCGGUUCGCGGGCUGGAAUAUAACAGGCACCGGAGAUUCCUGCUCUGUCCCUUGGUUCUUCGGAUUGCGACCGAGGUUGGAUGUCCCCGGAUGUAAUGUCCACUGUGUAAUGGAGAAAACGCACCAGACUUAGUUGCUAUUAGGUAGCCCCAAAAGCAGAGCUUUGGUUUUUGUUAGAAACUGAAAAUCAUCUUUUAAAAAGUUGCGCUGCGACUCCUCGCCUCCUCUCCCCCAUUCCUAAAUUACGCUGUAGAAGUAGGGGCUUUUGGAACAUCUCUUCACUAUCUUGUGCUGAUCUCACUGCAUAAUGACUUUCUGUUUCACUGGUAUUAGAAACUUUCCUAAGCUUUGGAAAAACAACCCAUACCUUGUAGUAGGCCCAGGACACUUUUAUAAUUCUCUUUUUCUGAAAGACUAUAAUGGCAUCAGGAACCAACAGAAGUUGUUUUCUCUUAAAACAGCAUCUCCACAAAAUACCAAAGCAAUGAAUCUUCUGACUGCCAAGACCAGAUAUCGCAGGAAAGAAGAUGAGGGCAGUAAUAAAGUUUCUUCUGACUUUCCUCAUCUUUUUGCAGCUGGGGCAGCUAAGAAGAGAUCACAAAUGAAUCCUCAGAGUAAAGAUCACGCCUUGCCGCCUGAGAGGAAUGUUAUUCAACUCCCAACAAAACCUCUGAAUUCAGAGCAGUGGGAUAAACUUAAAGAAGAUUUCAAAGGAAAAGCUAAUUUUGAAAAUUGGGUCAUUACACAGAUGGCUCACCACAAUAGCUCUAUAGAUGUGGCCAAAUCUUUGCUGGCCUGGGUAGCUGCAAAAAACAAUGGUAUUGUAAGCUAUAAUUUGCUGGUCAAGUAUUUGUAUCUUUGUGUCUUUCAUAAGCAGACAUCAGAAGUUUUUGACGUCUAUGAAAUCAUGAAAGCCAGAUAUAAGAGUUUAGAAUCUGGAGGAAGCACUCUUCUCAUCCGGGGGUUAAUCCAUUCAGACAGAUGGAGAGAGGCCUUGCUGCUGUUAGAAGACAUAAAAAAAGUCAUGACCCCUUCCAAAAAGAACUAUAAUGAUUGUAUCCAGGGAGCCCUCCUUCAUCAAGAUGUAAACAUAGCUUGGAAUUUGUAUCAGGAAUUGUUAGGUCAUGAUCUUAUUCCUAUGAUGGAAACUUUAAAAGCCUUCUUUGAUUUCGGAAAAGACAUAAAAGAUGAUCAGUAUUCAAACAAACUAAUAGAUAUUCUUUUGUAUCUAAGAAAUAAUCAACUAUAUCCUGGGGAAUCAUUUGCACACAGUAUAAAAACAUGGUUUGAGAGUGUUCCUGGAGAGCAAUGGAAAGGACAAUUUACCACAGUCCAGAAAAGUGGUCAGUGUUUGGGCUGUGGAAAAACUAUAGAGUCUAUUCACCUGAGUCUAGAAGAAUAUGAAUUUCUCAAGAGAAAAAUCCUGAGGGAUGUGAUAGAUGGAGGUGACCAAUACAAAAAGACGACACCUCAGGAACUUAAGAGAUUUCAGAACUUUGUGAAACACUCUCCUCCUUUUGAUAUUGUCAUUGAUGGGCUCAAUGUUGCCAAAAUGUUUCCUAAAGCUCGUGAGUCUCAAGUUCUCUUGGAUGUGGUCUCUCAACUAGCCAAGCAGAAUCUGCGAGUGCUGGUCCUGGGCCGGAAGCACAUGCUCAUACCGUGUGCCCGGUGGAGAAAGGAUGAGAUGGAAAAGGUGCAAAAGCAAGCCAGCUGUUUCUUUGCUGACAACAUCUCAGAGGAUGAUCCGUUCCUUCUCUAUGCCACACUGCACUCAGGAAAUCACUGCAGAUUUAUCACAAAAGAUCUGCUCCGGGACCAUAAGGCUUGUCUACCUGAUGCUAAGACCCAACGCCUGUUCUUCAAGUGGCAGCAGGGACAUCAGCUGGCAAUUAUUAAUAGGUUUCCAGGAUCAAAAAUAACUUUUCAGCAUAUUCUCUGCUAUGAUACAGUGGUGCAAACAACUGGAGACUCGUGGCACAUACCGUAUGAUGAAGACCUGGUGGAAAGAUAUUCCUAUGAAGUGCCAACCAAAUGGCUUUGCCUUCACCGAAAGACAUAAAGACUCUUACCCCCACGCUAAAUUUGUGUUUGGGUGCCCUCCUGGUUGGCAUCGGAGGUCUUCAGUUGAUGCUUGAUUAGACCAUUGCUUCUGUCCUGUUUGAUUAGUUCUGUCCUAUUUGGUCCAUUUGGUUUAUAUGUCAACAAAUUGAUUCCUUAAUUAAAUGUGUCAUAAUACCUUUUCA